CGUGAAGAUUUGUAUUAAAGUGGAAGUGAGUGCAUUCGUUUCAAACAAAUAUUUUUCUAAUUCAAAACCAGACUGAUUUAGAACCUUCCCUACAACAUGAAGUGGCAAACCAAUAUUCUUAUCAUCACAGUCCUUUUUGCGACCAAUUUUAAAACAUUAAAAGGAGUCGCUCUGGAUUGUUCGUAUGGAAUGGCAGAUUUUGCACAGGUUGGUAGCGUUUAUGCGUGUACUGCGAGAGUACUAUUUAAUGGAAUUGUAACUGAGAAUGUAACAGUAGUUUUCGGGAUUCAUCAAACGGGAAAGGGAAAUGAAGAUGUGCACGGAUUAUAUGUGGAGUUACAGAAUCUAGAUUUUGUCCCAGGAAAUAUCGAAUCUUUCUUUUCAAAUAUUAUUGCUAUUAAUUUACGGCACAACAGUAUAACAGCCGUCUUCAACAGGCAUUUAAUUCCAUUUCCAAACUUGCAACAUCUAUCGCUUUGGAAUAAUACAAUUACAUCAAUUGACGGCGAUCUUUUCGACGGACUGAAUUCACUGAGAUACAUUAGUUUCGAUAAUAACAACAUUAGACAUGUUGGCCACGAUUUAAAUUUACCGGUCGGUAGUGGUAGCAUACGAUUCUCUGCAAACGUUUGUAUCAGCCAAUCAGCAAACACACCCGACGAUGCUGCUAGCUUAAAACUAAAUUUGUUACGCAAUUGUCCGCCAACGAUAUCGCAAAUAGAAGACUCAUUAGAAAGACGACAAAAUUUUUUGACCCAUAUUGACCGUCAAGUCCAAAGUCUGAUUGACAGAGUUGCAUAUUUGGAGGCAAUUAUCGGAAGUCUAUUUGAGGCUAGUCCUGCCGAUCAACUUUCAAUUGAUCAGUCUGACAAAAAAUAUAACUAAAUGAGUUGCCGAUUCCAUACUUUCUUUCAAAAUUAGUGCGAGCGAAAUGAUU